AUGGAGCAUCUCUUGAUCCCUUUGGUCAGGCACGAUCAUUGGCAUCUUGUAGAAGUUGAUUUUAAAGAUAAAGUCGUCAAGCAUUACAGUUCCGCUGGGCACGAAGCUUGGAUGGAGCCUGUUAAUAAAAUCAUAAACUUCUUUGAUGCCCAUCAUGCUGAAUUUAUUGAGCAAAAUGUGCGCAAAAUAUUUAGAUAUCAAGCCAUCAAAUGCGAGCAACAAAGAGGACGCUUUGACUGUGGUGUGUUCGUCUACCUCUAUAUAAAACCCAUAAUUGAAGGACGAUCAACAUUGCUGGUUAAUCCUCCGAACGAUAUCCCUGAAGCUAUGCGAGCAAGACUUGUCGCACAAUUAUUACAGGCUGGUUUUGAACAAAGACAUAAAGAAGAAACAGUAUACAGUGAUGAAUGA